AGGGAGAGUACAAAAGGCUAUACUCUCCAAUGUCAAUGAAGAUGACCGACCCGGUUUAUUAUAUCUCAUUCGAUGACACGUAUGGAAACACACUACAAGGCACGAAUAUUAAUGGCACACUAUACAAUAACCCUCAAGUCAUAGCCUCAAAAGUGGGACGUGGUCUAUCACUUGAUGGCAACAACCAAUGGGUUGAUCUUGGGAUGCAUGAAAAUGAAUGCUUCGGGGACCUCAAUUUGUGUUCCAUGGGUUACACACUCGCCAUGUGGAUAAAGUUUGGCGCCAAAAAUACCGAUGAAAUGUAUUAUUUCUCAAGUGGCGAUCAAAAUGGGAACUCCAGCGGAACAGAUAUAUUUAUUCAGAAUGGAAUUCUGUGGGCCAGGCUGAGUACCAUAGUGUGGACGUGGGAGGCUCGAUUCAUGAAUCCUCUACCGCAUGAAUGGACACACAUGUUGCUGACUUGGAGGAAUGACGAGG